AUGUCAACUUUUCAACAAAAUCAAUUGAAUGGAUUUUCUCCAAUACUUAUAUCGCCCUCAUCCACAAGCAACACAACAAUAACAAAUAAUCAAAUACUGUUAUUUGAUAAUAGUGAUCAAGGUUCUGUCGAUUCCGAUUACACAUCAUUGGCCAGCUCAAAAGUUUAUGGCAAUGGUGGUUCAACAUCAUCGCUACAUCAUCAAGGACGUUCACAGUCAUUUGAUGAAUUAGCAUCAACAACAACAACAAUACCAACACGACAUUUUAAUGGAACAUUAAAUGUAAAUAAAUCAAAUAAUGAUCCAUUACAAUUUGUUAAAAUUCAUCCAAAUCAUGAUUUAAUUGAACGGGCUCAAGAACAAUUAACAUUAUUAGAAUCUCGAAAACGGUUACAAGAAAACUUUAAAUUAAAUAUCAAUCAAAAUAAUGAUACUAACAAUAAUAAUAAUAAUAAUAAUAAUAACAAGUUAACUAAUUUAAAUGAUGAUGAUGAAGCUAAUUGGUCUAAGGCUGUUGAAAGUUGGCGUCAAAAACGAGAACAAAAACGAAAGCAAAGUACAAAUUCAGCUCGUGUCGAAGAUGAUCCAACAAUAUCAAACAAUGGGCCAUCAUCUCUUCCUAGUCCAAUUAAAAAAUUUGAUGAACCUCAAAUUUUUUCUCCUACACCACCACCAACUAUUGGUACACCACCGCCACCGCCACCGCCACCGCCACCACCACCCGCACCAUUAACAAUAACAGCAAUAAAUAUUCCCAAUCCAAUACAACCAAAAAGUCCAACGCCUCCACGUCAUAGAGGUCCUGGAAGAAUUCAUGAACUAUUUAUUCAAAAACCAGUUGAUAUACGUGGCUUUGGUUUUAAACUUGACGGUGGUCCAGCACAGAAUCGGCCGAUUUAUAUAUCAACACUUGAAGAUGGUAGUCCUGCUGAUAAAGCUGGAUUAUGUAUUGAUGAUGAAAUUGUAUCAAUGAAUGAUGAAAAUAUUCAAAAUAUGACCUUUGAUCAAGUACGAAAAAUUCUCAAAGAACGAAAUUUACGUGGAAGUAUUAAACUGAUUGUAAAGACUUAUGAAGAUGUAGUCGAUGAUAAUUCUCAAACAGUUACAAUUCAACAUAGUCGAACACCGUCACCACAAAAAUCUAUAUCUAAUUUACAAUCCAAUAUAUCAGUAUCUCCUAUUGCCACCACCGCCACCACCACCACCACCACCACCACAACAACAACAAGUACAAUACUCGUCUCAUCAACAGUACCAUCCAAUAUUCGAUCGUACCUGUUGUCUACAACAGGUACGAUCGAACAACAAUCAACAACUCGGGACGUAGUUAAAACACUCCUUUCUAAUCCAACAUUAAUUUCAUCGAAUCUUAUCGAUCCACCAUCACCUUUAACAACCAAUUUGAAAUCACCACCACCACCAUUAACAUCCGUUGAUACUUUAUUACAUGGAACAUUAGAUUUAAAUAUCAAUGAUCAACAAUUUAAUGAUUCUCCUAUUGCUCAAGUACGUUCAUCAGUUGAAAAACAGAUGAGUCAAUUACAACAAGAACUUUUACACGGUUUUCCUCAUAAACAAGCAGCACGAGAAUCACGACCAGUUAAUAUACCUAUCGAUUUAACGAAUGCUGCAUUACCUAAUUCUACAAUAAAAACGCCGCCAUCGUCGUCCCUUUCUCCUUCUAUUCAACAAUCCGAUUCAAAUUUUAAUCAUACUCGUACUACUCGUACAUAUGGUUUAAAAGUUAGUCCACACGAAAAUACAAUUCAUUGUUUAGAUGCUCAUAAGCAACCACAGUUAUUAACAAAUUAUGAAAAUCAAUCUGUACAAGAAAUAUCAUCAACUGGGCCGAUGAAUCGGCCAUUGUUAUCGCAGUUAUCUGAUCGAUCAGUUAAUGAAUUAAGAGUUAAUAUAUCUUCACCACCAGCAUAUCAACAACAACCACAGAAGACCACAUCGAUUCCAAUAGAUGAAAAACUACCACCACAACGUAUAACAAGUAAACAAAUUCAUACCACACUUAAUCAAGUACCAAAAAAAAGUCAUUAUGAAGAUCAUUCAUGGAUUAAUGAGGAACAAAAAAAAUCAAUUAUUAGUUCAUCUUCAGCAGAACCAUUAACACCACUGUCAUCACAGUUAUCUUCAUAUAAUGAUGAAAAAAAAGGUAAUACUCGUCAAACUACGCCACAAACUUCGUAUCAUCAAGAACUGCAAGUGAAUAAACAAAUAUCAAGUCAAUCAAGUGCUUUUAAUUAUGGUGAUAGUACAGAUGAAUUUCAUCAUUAUCAACAUAAUUCACGAACUAAUCAACAACACCAACCUAGAGAUUUUGAUUUAUCGAAUAACCGAAACAAUCGAUCAAAACAUUUAGCGAAAUCACCCAUUCGUACAACGAUUAAUAGUAAUAAUAAUCGAGUUUUAUCUGUUAGUGGUAAAUUACGUUGCUCGAGAUGCAACGAUGAAUUAGGCCAAGGAUCAGCAAUGGUUAUUGAAUCACUUGGUUUAUAUUAUCAUAUCGAAUGUUUUCGAUGUUUUGUUUGUAAUAUUCCAUUAUCAUCAUCAUUUGAAGGAACCGAUGUUCGUGUACGAAGUAAUAGACUCCAUUGUCAAAAUUGUUUUUCAGAUGAAAACGGUGUAAAAUUAAGCGCUGUCUAA